AUGCAGUUAGCGACUAGUAGUUGGUGUUGCGGUGGCGACUUAAGGUUAAAAUGUUUUGUAAUUGGAUAUUUAAAUUUGAUAGCGAGUGUCGUCGAUAUUGGGUGUCAUCUACUAAUUGUGGCAAUUAUAUCCAAAGGCUUCCAAUGCGAUAUUGAUCGAGCGAGUCUUCAACUAAUAGAUUGGCCCUGGCUGGAGCCAGUUCUCAUAGUCUUGAAUGUGGGAACACACGGAUUCUACUCCUUCCCUCUGCUUCUCCGUUCAUAUAAUGACAUCUCUAUCGACUACUUGCCUAUAGUAGUGGAGCCAAGAUGCUACCCUGGAAUGCUCCACGUUCAUCUUAUUGACAUUUUGAACUUCCUUAUCAAUGCUAUCUGGUUCAGAUUCGUCUUAUCUUUCGUUGGAGCUUUGCAUAGGAAAGAUCCUGAACCAAUACGUAUGUUCUACGGUGUAUCUGUGCUGAAGUUGGUUCUACAAAUUCUUUACAUCGCUUACCAACCUGGUCUUGAUGUUUUCUCCUUGGAAGGGUCUUGGGUUAUAAAGAUUGUUGAUAUAUGCAUGGCAGCUGUCUUUCUCAUCAUAAUCAGCAAGUAUAUUAAGCAAUUGAAGGCUGAAAGAUCCGUAUCGCUAGCUGAUCAUCCGCCCACCUAUAUAGAAUGUCUCAUAAAUGCUACCAAAACACAGAAUGGAGAGAAAAAGGAAGAAAUUGUUAACGUUGAUGUAGAUAUAAAGAACAAAACUGAUACAUCAUAA